AUGCGAGCGCUGCGAACGUUGAAGCUCAUAGAGAAGCAGCUGCUGCAGCAGGGAGCAGCAGCAGCAGCAGCAGCAGGAGCAGCAGCAGAAGCAGCAGCAGGAGCAGCAGCAGCGGGAGGAGGAGCGGGAGGAGGAGCAGCAGCAGGAGCUGCGAGAAAUUCGAGAGGGUUCAAGGGUGCUGCUGCUGCAGCAGCAGCUGCUGCUGCUGCUGCAGCACCUGCAAAUGAUGCUGCUGCUGCUGCUGCUGCAGCAGCAGCAACUAAUAACCUUCUGCUCAACGGAAACGCUCAGCAGCAGCAGCAACAGCAGCAGCAUGGGUUGGAGCUUGCAGGUGCAGCAGCAGCAUCAGCAGCAGCAGCAGCAGCCUCUUCUGCUGCUGCAGCAGAAGAUGAUGAGGACGAUGAAGAAGAUGAACUCGCCGGCGAUCAGGAGGGACCCGUAAGUCCGCUGCUGCAUGCAGCAGCAGCAGCAGCAGCAGCAGCAGCUGCUGCUGCUAUGAUGAGGACGAUGAAGAAGAUGAACUCGCCGGCGAUCAGGAGGGACCCGUAA